AUGGAAUUCAUGUCAAUAAUCGUAAUUAAUUGGAUUAGACCUUUGUUAGAACAACAUGGUUAUAUGAAUUUGAUUGGUGUAUUUGUUAUCGGUAUAACUACACAAGAAAUUAGUGCCAGCACCACCGUUUCUUUUAUGUGCUACAUCAUCAGUAACAUCAAUCAUUAUUACAGAUGGAGAGAACUUGAUGUUAUGGGAAGAGAAUUCAAAUAUUGCUGUGAAAAUAAUAACAUACAGCAUAUUGCAACCCCAAGUGACGACCCUAUGUCAAACGGAAGGGUUAAAAAUAUAAAUGAAUCAAUUGAGAACAUUAUAGGUGGACUCACUCAUGCUACUUUCAUAGAAUGGGAUUGUAUUUAUAUAAGGCAUUUCAUACUCAUAAUGAGAGGCCGUCAAAAUUUAAUAGAUCAUCCUAUUAUUUGGCAUUAG